AUGUGCAAAUUGGACAGAUGGCGCCUCCAUCACUUUCGGUGAGGACAGGCAUGGACCCUAUGUACGUAAAUCAGACUAGAAGGCAAUGAGAAGGUCUAAAGAAGGACAUCAAUCCCACAAACAACCAACAUGAAGCUCCAUUCCAUUGAUGGAAAAGAUCAUUCUAAUGAGGAUUGUGAGAUCCUUAUGGAAGGGGCGAGGUCCCUCUCUCAGUAGAUAUUGAAUUAUGUGUGGAGAACCCAUUUUGCAGGUAACAGAGGAGGCCGAAUGGAGAUGCACUUAACUUGGUUCUCCCUAGAUCCUCCCAAAUACAUCAGAAAUGGGCUGGAGGCAAGGAACAUUGGCAAACUGACCAAACAAGUAUUGUAGUGCAAGUCCAAUGCCCCCCCCCCCCCCAACAACAACAAACCUCUAGUGAAAAAAGAAAAAAAAGAAGAAGAAGAAAGAGGAGGCAGUGCAAGAAAGUCUAGGGAAAUGGAGUGAAAGUGUCAAAAGUCAGUAAGUCCCUAAUCCUCCCCUACCAAAAAAAAAAAAAAAAAGAGAAAGAAAGGGUAUGGAAGGAGGAAUGGGGUAAAUCCAUGAGGAAAAGGCUACCCAUUUCACCUAGACACUCACCUAUCCAAAAAAAAAAAAGGCAGAAGAAGGAGAAAAGGGGACCCCAUAUGGUUUGGCCAAAAGGGGGAGGGACCUGUGGGAUUAAGCAUAGUAGUAAAGACUGAAUGGUAGGGAUCCCAAUGUGACUCCCAAGGCCUAUGAAUGUAGAAUAGGAGGAUUUGGGGAAAUAGGCAAAGGAUUCCUCCGAACAAGCCCAGAGCUGCUGCCAACAAAAGAGGGCAGCCACUCUAAGGAUGUAUCUCAAGAGAUUGGGUGAUGGCGAGCGGGACUCGUCUCCAUCAGCUCAAGAGACACCAGCAGUCCGAGUUCAGCCCGAUCGACGUGCGAAGAUGAAGGAGCCUAGCUUUCGCUACAUGGCCUAG